UCAGGUCACCUAGUAGCCCAAUUAUCCGGGACAGUGAGUGAGAGAGUGAGUGAGUGAUAUAGGUUCGGAAUCCAGGGUGUGCUUUUGUGUUGCGUAUGGUGUUGGGUCAAGCAUUUGGUCUACAUCGGGGUGAGCUUUGCGUGGGGUGUGUUGAAGUUGCUGAGUGAACUGGACGUGGAGGAGGAGGAGGACGGGGAAGGCGGGUUGUUGCUUUGUAAGGGUUGUGGAUGUGCGUUUGCUGAGACAUGGAUAAGGUUGAGCUGUGAAGAAGAAGUUAAAGUGUUGGUGGUAGGGAUCGCGUUGGUGGUAGUAGUGGUGGUGCGUGUUGCAAAAUCGUCGGGAUUGUGGUGGAUGGCGAUGGGUACCAUGGUGGACGGGUGCGAUAGGCCUCGUGAAGAGGCGCACAGAAUGAGAGCCAUAGCGAGCUCCGGAGCGAGUCUCGGGCUGGGCGUGGAGUUUUCGAUGGUGCGCGGUGGUGAUGGUGUCGGGCCGCGCUCGUGCCCGGUGCAGUUGGAUCUGCUACCUUUGAGGCCGUCGUCGCAGUCGAAUUCGAACUCGCAGGCGACGGCUCCGUCCGUGCCUUCGUCGACUUCGUACCGGGGUUUGGCGUGGCAGGCGCUGGUCGGUUCCACGACGAACUCCGGGAGCGGGAAUGAUGAUGGAGAGGUGACGACGUAUGCGAGUGGGGGACGGGGUGGGUCGCCGAGAGGUGGCAUAGACGUGAACCAGAUCCCGUCGACGGAUGGGGAGGAGGAGGAAGAGGCGGCGGUGUCGUCGCCGAGCAGCAUCGGGAUGAAGCGGGGGCGUGAGAAGAGUGGGCAGGAGUUCGAAGUGGAGAGGGAGAGGAAUACAACGUGCGAGAUGAGCUCGCGGGGGGGAAGCGACGAUGAGGACGAAGGGACGACGCGGAAGAAGCUGCGACUGUCGAAGGAACAGUCGGCACUGCUGGAGGAGAGUUUCAAGGAGCACAGUACGCUGAACCCGAAGCAGAAGAACGCUCUGGCGAAGCAGCUGGGUCUUCGGCCGCGGCAGGUGGAAGUGUGGUUCCAGAACAGGAGGGCUCGGACAAAGCUGAAACAGACCGAAGUGGACUGCGAGUUGCUUAAGCGGUGUUACGAGUCGCUGAAGGAGGAGAACAGGAGGUUGCAGAAAGAGUUGCUGGAGUUGCGAGCCAUCAAGGUGGCGCCUCCAUGUGUGAUAUCGCACGAUUACUACAUGCCUCUGCCCGCGGCGACGCUGACGAUGUGUCCGUCAUGCGAGAGAGUGGCGACGGUGGACAACAGGUCGUUGACGUUUGCGAAGCCAGGGUUUUCACAUUUGUCGCAAUCAAGCGCAGCAUGUUAGUGAGAGGGAGGCAGGUUUAGAUGAGUUAUUUUUAAUUUAUAUUUUAUUUUUUGGGUUAGAGGUUAAUUUCCACGGGCACCUUCCAUUGAAGAGGCGCGCCUCGUGUUGUUCUAUACAAUUAACGGUCAGCCAUUCUCACAUAGUUCUAGAACAAUUUUUGCUUGUUGAUCUUAUGUACAGAUCUUUUUGUACAGUCCCGCCAUGAGCUGAUGUCUGUACAAUUCAUUCGAAAGAAAAUAUUUUGCACUCUCUCUUA